GAGCAGAUCGCCGCCUGUCACGGUUGCAACUUGCUUCGGGGGUCAAACCGCAGACAGAGCAGGGGAGAGUCCAAACUUCUUCCUUCUCGAACCACCCGAGAGAGACAGAGGGAGAUAGCGGCGAUGGCGACCAAGGAGGCCAAGGUGGUUCCCGCCGGCGACGUCGACGCCGCCGUCGACGGCGAGGAGCUGGUCCCGGCGCUGGCGUCGCUGGAGCCGGUGUACGGCGCGGGGUCGGCGCUCGACGAGGCGCGCCUCCGCUUCGCCCGCCUCGCCGACCGCUUCCGCGCCCUCUACGCCGCCGGCCCCGCCCUCUUCGCCCGCUCCCCAGGGAGGGUGAAUCUCAUCGGGGAGCACAUCGACUACGAGGGCUACUCGGUGCUGCCCAUGGCCAUCCGCCAGGACAUGAUCGUCGCCAUCCGCAGGGCCGACGGCGGCCUCGUCCGCGUCGCCAAUGUCGACGACAAGUACGCCACCUGCGUCUACCCCGCCGACCCCGACAAGGAAAUUGACAUCAAGAACCACAAAUGGGGCCACUACUUUAUGUGUGGAUACAAGGGAGUGUAUGAAUAUGCUAGGUCUAAAGGGAUAGAUAUGGGUGAACCUGUUGCUCUUGAUGUCGUAGUUGAUGGCACAGUCCCUCAAGGAUCUGGACUUUCAAGCUCAGCAGCAUUUGUCUGUUCGGCAACAAUUGCUAUCAUGGGAAUUCUUGGUAAAAACUUCCCAAAGAAAGAAGUUGCCCAAUUUACUUGUAAAUCUGAGCGCCAUAUUGGGACACAGUCAGGGGGCAUGGAUCAGGCUAUAUCUAUCAUGGCCAAACCUGGAUUUGCUGAGUUGAUAGAUUUCAAUCCAAUUAAAGCAACAGAUGUGCAACUACCUUCUGGUGGUACAUUUGUGAUUGCCCACUGUCUGGCAGAGUCCAAGAAAGCAGAGACAGCUGCUACAAACUACAACAACCGCGUUGUAGAGUGUCGCUUGGCAGCGAUUGUUCUCGCCAUCAAACUAGGGAUGGAUACAAAAAAAGCCGUCACAUCUGUUACGACCCUCUCUGAUGUUGAGGGACUAUGCGUCUCCUUUGCUGGCAAAGAAGGUUCUUCUGAUCCUGGAGUUGCUGUGAAGCGUGCAACUCUGCAGAAGCUAUUGCAUGAGGAGCCAUAUACGUUGGAGGAAAUAGAGAAAAUUACAGGUCAAAGCCUAGCAACUGUCUUCCAGAGCUCUCAAACUUCCUUGGAUGUUUUGAGAGCUGCAAAGCAUUUCAAGUUAUUUCAGCGUGCCUCUCAUGUGUACUCUGAAGCAAGGCGGGUGUAUGCGUUUAGGGAUACUGUAUUAUCCAAACUCAGCGAUGAAGGUAUGCUUAAGAAGCUCGGUGAUCUAAUGAACGAUAGCCAUCAUAGCUGCAGUGUGCUAUAUGAAUGCAGCUGUCCCGAGUUGGAAGAGCUUGUAAAAGUGUGCCGGGACAAUGGGGCACUCGGAGCGCGGCUCACAGGAGCCGGGUGGGGCGGCUGCGCAGUCGCCCUAGUCAAGGAGGGCAUCGUCCCACAGUUCAUCCUCAAUUUGAAGGAGAAGUACUACAAAUCAAGGAUCGACAGGGGAGUGAUCAAGCAGAGCGACCUUGGCCUGUAUGUGUUCGCGUCGAAGCCGUCGAGCGGCGCGGCCAUACUGAGGCUGUAGAUCGACCACCGCCGUCCGUGGCCGGUCACUUGUACAUGCACACAUACUCGCCCACAACCUAUUGCUCGAAUAAACGCGUGCUCGCCUCGAGGCGAGCACGCCGCCGUUAGCUAAUUUAGCCCCCGCCCAUGCGUGUCUGAAUGUACAAUGCUACAAUGUGUCGUAUUUAUCGUUGUUUAUUAUGGGCGAUCUGACUGCCAGGUUAUCUACA